CCGUGUGCGUUCAACAACAAGGAAGCAUUAUUAUUUCAACGUUACAUCUUUUAUAAUUUUUCUAUCUAAAUUAUUUGCCUUGUCAUUGUGAAUCGCAAAUCCAAAAUAGUGCAGUUUCUGACAAGGAAUAAUCGCAUCCAAGAAUCACACCAAGUUUACUUUUUUUCCCUCCCAUUUUUCCAUCUUUCGAUUGAGAAAUCCUCAAUGACGGGUACAGCAACGGUUCGAUUUCCGAGAAUUGUUAGCGCGCGGGUUUAUUACACCACGUGAUCAGUGUUGUUUUUCAUUAUAAUAACAAACCACUAACAGUUAUUAGUGAUUUUGUAAAGUUUUCGUGCAUUUUCAUCGACGUAAAAAUGGAAGGCAUGCUGAAAAGUAACCUCGAGAGGGAUAAAUUGCCAGUAAAAAAUGUAGUACAAGAUAAAAAUUGUCUGGGGUACGCUAGUAAGAAUAUUUCAAAAUGUCGCGAGUGUAUACGCAAUAUGACCCGAGACGAACGAGAGAAAACGAGUCCCACCAACAAUUGUAGAUUUUCGCACUUCAGGAGGAUUCAGUUUACUAGAAAUAAAACCCGCAGUCUUGCUGGGUUUAACGAUCCGUUCAUACAUCCUAAAGAGAGAGAUAAGCAAAUAUGGCUACAAGGGGGUCAGUUGAUCAAGCGGGAAACGUACGCGGAGGAAACCCAGAAAGACGAGAAUGUCUGGAACAAGAGUGAAUUCGAUGUUGAGCUCGCUCACCAGAUUAUUUCUCAGGUUGGCGACCAAUUCUGUGAUCUCUGCGAACAAGAAAUGGAUGUCAUCAACCGAUAUCUUGCCAGAGGUGGUAAUAAAGCCAAAGAACAAAAGGUCCUUUGGAAGCGAGUGGUCAAAGGUGUUCGCGAAAUGUGUGAUAUGUGCGCGACCACGCUGUUCAAUUUUCACUGGACCUGUGGUAAAUGUGGCUUUGCCGUUUGCAUCGACUGCGUCAAUGAGCGGAAAAUAAGGGUGGUAUUAAACAGUCAAGAUGAGCUGAAGGAAAGGGACAAAUACGCUUGGCUAUUAUGCUUCCAUCAACGGGCUCACGAUCCCGACUAUUUGUCGCUCACACAAAUCAUUCCAGCAGAUUGCUUCGAGCAGAUUAACAUGAGGUUACACGAAUGUCGAUCGGAGUGGGGUAUCGUCAAUUAUUGUAAAUGCGAUUACAAAAGUCGUUUAUCCUGCAAUGAAAAUCUUAAAUCUUUGAUCAAAGGCGACUUAACAUCUGUGAUUAAUGCCCAAUUAGAAACUAAACAAGAAAAGCAAAUAAAGGAAGAAUCUUCUCGUGACAAUGCAGGCGAAACCCAAACGGGUGAGAUAAGUCAGACACAGUCAGCGAUGGAAGUGAGUAACGAAUCGCACACUGAUUCUGACUCUGAUGAUAUCGGUGGGCCAUCUUCACUCCGUCAAUAUUUGAAUGUCCAAAACCCGGUUAACAGUGAUAGUGCUUGUGCUCCUGGCCCAUCUAAACGUACUAAGAAAAGCAAGAUGGAUACGCUUGAUGAGGUCAUGAGCACUGUUAUUAAAGAUUUGGUUAAGCAGAAAGAAGAGCAAACAAGUACAGUUGUCAUCAAACCUUGUAUUUUGAAAUACUUUGUGCGUCGGUACAAGCGUCCACAGCGCGGUCGUGAACCACUACCGAUUCGUAUAAUGACCCUCACAGAGUCGAAAUGUUUAUAUCCCGAAGUGCCACACUCGUGGCUCUGUGAUGGUAAGCUAUUGAGACUUCACGAUUCAAACAAUUCAAUGAAUUACCGAAUCUUCCAAGAUCAAUGGAAGCGAGGUCAACCAGUACUCGUAUCCGACAUGCAUAAAUACCUCGACCAACAUUUAUGGCGCCCGGAAAGCUUCUCUAGAGAUUUUGGUUACCUAAAGGCUGACCUAAUCAACUGCAUGACCGGCAAGAUAGUCCCCAAACAACCAAUGUCGAAAUUCUGGGAUGGCUUCGAACAUGUGAAAAAGCGACUUAGAGACGACCGUGGCAGACCAAUGUUACUCAAGCUCAAAGAUUGGCCACCGCGUGGCGACUUUGCUGACAUCCUUCCUUCGCGCUUCGCCGACUUGAUGAAGUGUAUUCCACUCUCAGAGUAUACUCAUCGAUUCGGCCGACUAAAUCUCCCCAGUCGAUUACCAGCUACCUUCGUUCGACCUGAUCUUGGCCCAAAGAUGUAUAUUGCUUAUGGCUCGUCAAUUCAUCCCGAUAAAGGUACAACGAACCUGCACCUCGAUGUUUCCGACGCUGUAAACGUGAUGGUUUACGUGGGAAUUAUCAAUGAUAGCGAUCGAGAAAAACGAGUGAAAGCGGCGCUUAAAGCUAUUGAUGAGGCAGGCUGUGACAUACUUACCAGGAGACGUGUGAGACAGGCGCAACAAGUUCCUGGAGCUCUUUGGCAUAUUUAUGCUGCCAGGGAUGCCGACAAAAUCAGGGAUAUGCUAAAUGCUGUUGCAAUUGAGCGCGGUGAUACGCUAGAACCUUAUAGCGAUGCUAUCCACGACCAAAGCUUCUAUCUAGAUGGACCACUCCGGGAGAGACUGUAUCGAGAUUACGGCGUUGAAGGGUACGCCAUUGUACAAUGUUUGGGUGACGCUGUUUUUGUGCCAGCAGGUGCGCCUCACCAAGUGCGCAAUCUGCACAACUGCAUCAAAGUAGCCGAAGAUUUUGUCUCGCCAGAAAAUAUCUCACACUGCUUCCACUUGAUGCAAGAAUUUCGUGCAUUAUCAGAGGAUCAUAUGAAUCACGAGGAUAAACUACAAGUUAAAAAUAUUAUUUACCACGCGGUUAAAGAUUCGUUGACUGCUUUAAGUAAAGCCAAAAGUGAAGUAUUAGCUAAAGCGAAAGAUUGUUUUUAGUUAGUAAGAAUUUUUAUCAUUUUCUAUUUUGUCACAUUCACUUUCCGACCAUUGCCGUCGUGUUUUAUAUUUAUUAUUUUUUUAAAUUGAAUUAUUAACUAAUAAUGUUGGUACAUUCGUUGCGAAAAUAGAUACGAUGUUCCAACUAUCGCUUAAUCAAAAGUUCGAAAAAAACGCUGUGAUAAUUAACUGAAUGUUAUUGAAAUGAUGUGCAUAUGCUUGUCAACUAGGAUUAAAUAUUUUUUUUCUUUACUUAUCAUGCGAUGGGUUUUACAGGAGAGAAAAAAUUAAUAUGAGAGAUAAAAGUCUGAGUAUAUUUUUGUACAGUAGAUUGUAAACGUGUAUUGUACAUACUGU